AUGGGAAAUAAAUGCACUGUACAAUUGAUCAGUGCUCUCUUGAUCGUCUUAGCUAUUCUUAUCAAUCAAUCGUCCGCCGGCACCGUUUUAUGCCGUCGCAUAGGACCCGCCAAUAGAUGUCCAGCAGACACAUGUGAUCCUGUCGGUAUUGUUCGCAUUGACCACCAGUAUCCAUCGGAGUGUUAUGUUAUCGGCGAGCCGCAUGCAGAUGGCCAACAAAAGAGUCGAAAAUGGUACAAAAUCACAUUACCAAAUGGCAAACAAGGGUUCAUCAACAUGUUUUAUUGCAAUGGUGACGUUCCUCGUUGCAAAAAUACCUGA